AACAUAUUUCAUAAAAUUUCGUUUAAGUAGUUUUUACGCAUUUAAAAAAAUGACAGAUAAACAAAAGAUAAUUUUCUGUGGAGACGUUAAAGGACAUUUUAAAUUUCUAUUUACGAAAAUUGAAAAUAUUAACAAAAAAAAUGGACCGUUUGAAUUUUUAUUAUGUGUUGGAGAUUUCUUCGGUGAAAAUAAUAUACAGCUUGAACCAUACAAAAAUGGUAUGAAGAAUAUUGUUGUUCCAACGUAUAUUAUUGGGCCAAAUAGAGAAAAGGAUUUAAAAUAUUAUCCUGAUAUAGAUGGAUAUGAAAUUUGUCAAAAUUUAACUUAUCUUGGUAGAAGAGGUUUAUAUGUAGCAACAUCUGGAUUAAAGAUAGCAUAUAUCAGUGGUAUCGAAAGUAAUAAAACUGAGUGUAAAGAAGUCUGUUUCCAGAAGAACGAUGUUGUAUCAGUAAAGAAUGCCUGUUUAAAAGGUCAACCAAGUUAUCGUGGAGUAGAUAUAUUAUUAUCUUCACCAUGGCCCAAAGGGAUUACCGAUUUAGAUCCGAAUAAGCCUGAUUUUAAAUUUCAUGGAUCUGAAUUAGUAGCUUGGUUGGCUGCUCAAAUAAAACCAAGAUAUCAUAUCUCAGCAUUAGAAAAUAUUCAUUAUGAAAGGCCACCCUAUAGAAAUCAUAGUUUAGAUGAAAGUGGUAUUGAAAUAGCAACUAGGUUUAUUGCUCUUGGACCUGUAGGAAAUAAUGAAAAAAAGAAAUGGUUAUAUGCUUUGAACUUAACUCCUAUAGACAGAAUAAGAUUAUCGGAAUUGGUUAUGAAAACAACAGAUGAAACAUCUAGUCCUUAUCUAAAGCACCUGUUACAAGAUGAACUAACAGAAACAAAAACUACACAAUUUUUUUAUGACAUGAAAUCUAAAUCUAAUAAACGAACAAAAAAUUCUGACUAUUCUUAUAAAAAGCUUAAGACAGAAUUUGAUCAAGCAAAAUGUUGGUUUUGUUUAUCUAGUCCUGAAGUAUCUAAGCAUUUAGUAAUCUCUGUUGGCACAGAAGUUUAUGUAGCACUUGCCAGAGGAGGAUUAGUCGAAGAUCAUAUGUUAAUUUCGCCAAUAACACAUCAUCAAAGUUUAUCAGUUUUACCAAUUAACAUUUUAAAGGAAAUGGAAUUAUAUAAAAAUGCAAUAAAAACGUAUUUUGCAAAUACAAAUCGAGUACCGGUUUUUUUUGAAAGAAAUUAUAAAACAUCACAUUGUCAAUUACAAGCUGUUCCAAUUCAUGAAAAUCAAGCAUCUGUAAUUAAAGAAAUGUUUGAGGAAAUAGCAGAAAGUUAUAAUUUCAAAAUCGAGGAACUUCCACUUCACACAGAUUUGCAACAAAUUGCAAAGGCUGGUGUUUUAUACUUUUACGUAGAGUUGCCUGAUGGACGAUUAUUGUAUUAUAGAAUUAAAAAGAAUUUUCCAUUAAACUUUGGUAGAGAAGUAUUAGCAUGUGAUCGGAUAUUGGAUGUUAAUCAUAGAUCAGAUUGGCGAGAUUGUCAAAUGAAUAAAGAUGAAGAAACUGAAUUAGCCAUAAGAAUCAGAACACAAUUCAAACCAUACGAUGUAGACAAUUAAAGUAAUUUAUACAUAUACGUAUACAAAAUAUUUUUACAUUGUGGACAAAAUUUCAUAUUUACAAAU